AUGCCAUCCUUCAAACGCGUGCAGGGGUCUUCGGACUCUGAGGACUCCUCUGCCCUGUCCGAUGCGAGCCCCGUUCUGAAUGGCUCUGCCUUCCCUCACUCGAGGAAACGGCCUCGUACAUCUGAGUCGCCCACUACGUCCGGAGAGGAUGUCGAUUUACCCGGGCCCAGAUUCCUGUCCGUCGCUGACGAUGCGCUUACGGAAGACGAGGAAGAGCUGGAACUGCGUCAGACACAACUCAUUCAGGAGAAAUACUCCCACCUUGUCGACGAAGCCAACGUCCCCGCCGAGCAUGGAAUCCUCGAGCGCGUGGAGUGCUACAAUUUCAUGUGUCACGAUCACUUUCACGUGGAGCUCGGUCCCCUGAUCAACUUCAUUGUGGGCAAAAAUGGCAGUGGCAAGAGUGCUAUUCUGACCGCGAUUACCCUCUGCCUCGGAGGAAAGGCUUCGGCUACCAACCGUGGGCAGAGCCUCAAGAAUUUCAUCAAGGAGGGCAAGGAAAACGCAACCAUCAUCGUUCGAAUCAAAAAUCAAGGCGAUGGUGCCUACAUGCCAGACGACUAUGGAAAAUCCAUUAUCGUUGAACGCCAUUUCUCCAAGAGCGGUGCCAGCGGGUUCAAAAUCAAGGCUGAGAAUGGCCGUAUAGUUUCGACCAAGAAGGCAGAGCUGGAUGCCAUCACCGAUUACUUUUCCCUGCAGAUCGACAACCCAAUGAACGUUCUCUCCCAGGACAUGGCCCGUCAAUUUCUCAGCACAUCCAGCCCGGCUGAAAAGUACAAAUUCUUUGUCAAGGGCGUUCAACUGGAACAGCUGGAUCAGGAUUACCGAUUGAUCGAAGAGUCGGUUGACCAAAUCGAAGAAAAACUCCGGAACAAGGCACAGGAUAUCAAGAUCUUGGGGAACCGAAGGGAUGCGGCGAAGAAAAAAUUGGAAAUCUCCGAUCAACAUGAUUCGUUGAGAGAGCGCCUCCGGCUCAUCCGUGGUCAAGCGGCCUGGGCCCAGGUAGAGGAACAAGAGAGAAUACGAGACUCUAUGAGCGAGGAGCUUUCCAAAGCGGAUGCCCUGAUAGCAUCUGCAGAGGCUGAACUCGGCCGAUUCGACGACGCGUUUCAAGAUGUUGAACAAGAAUCUGAAACAGCAGAUGAACAUGCUUCGCGAGCUGCACAAGCGCUGGAGGAAGGGCAAGUGGAAAGGGACAAGGUCAAGGAGAGAUUAGAUGAGCAGAUGAAUGCCCGCCAUGGCCUCCAGGCCGAGCAACGUCAAAUCAGGGAAUAUGUCAAGCGAGCAGACACCCAAGUCCGGGACGCACAGCAAAAGAUUGACGAAGAGAACCAACGUCUUGCUGAUGCAAGCGGUGGGAGCUAUGCUCGGAAGCAAGAGGAGUGCGAACAAGCAGCAAACGACGCUGCAUCUGCUCGGCAUGAAUAUGAAGAGCAUCGCAAUGGUGUUGACCAGAUACGCGAAGAUCUUCAAACUGCUGAGAAGGAGGCAGAAUUGGCGAAGAGGCCUCUUGAACGGAAAAGGAAUGAUAUUGAGCAGGCAGAGACCCGGCUCAGAGCCCUCUCUCGAGAGGAUGGACGAACUCAGUCCGGUUUCCAUGAAAGGCUGCCUAUGCUUCUGAGGGCUAUUCAACAGCAAGAACGAUCAUUCGCCGCACGUCCAGUCGGCCCAAUCGGUCAUCACGUUACGUUGCUUAAACCGAAGUGGUCAUCGAUCUUGGAAAAUUCUUUUGGCGGCACACUCGGUAGUUUCAUCGUGACUUCCAAGCAAGACAUGAAUCUUCUUUCCAGCAUCAUGCAACGGGUGAACUGUCAAUGUCCAAUUCUCAUUGGGCGGGGCGGUCAUCUCGAUACAUCGGCCCACGAACCGGACCCUGAAUAUGACACUGCCUUGCGGGUUCUCCAAAUUGACAACGAAUUAGUACGCCGACAGUUGAUUAUCAACCACGGAAUAGAACAAAUGCUGUUGAUUGAGAGCUUGGAUGAAGCGACCUCUGUGCUCUUCGAUGGCCAGCGCCCAAGGAACGUGAAACGAUGCUACAGCAUCGAUGCAAAAGAUCGCCGCCGAGGAUUGCAUCUGUCAUACACUCGAGCCGGUGAACCAACCCAGUCACCCGUACCCAUGUACCGUGGCAACCCCCGGAUGAAAUCGGACCUCGCCUCCCAAAUCAGUGUGCAGAAUGAUGUGAUUCAAGACCUCAAGCGUGAAGCGAACGAGCUGGAACAACAAUUGCGAUCAGCUCGUGCCCGAGUCGAGGCUUGUAAGCAGGCGCAGGUGAGGCACGGAAGAAGGGAGAAAGAGUUGCAAAUCAAUAUGCAAAGGAUGGAAGAUCAUGCAGAAGCCCUCAAAGAUGCCCUAGACAAAGAAAAUGUCGAAGAUGGGCAUAUUGAUGCCCUCCACGCAGCCCUGAAGGAAGCUGAACACGAGAAGCGGAUUAACGAGGGUUCCUACCAGGAUAGCGUUACGGCCAUGAGCGACAUGAUGCAGACCCUGAAGGAGAUUCGGCGAGAACUGCAGGCCAAGGAUGGCGAACUCUCGGAGCUGCAAGAAAAAUCCCGAGUGGCUGAGAGUGAGAAGGCGCGCGUGGUUGACAAGCGCCGUAAGAUUCUCAGCGACAAGAAUGCUGCCGUCGAACGCAUCAAUGGCGAUAAGCGUGACAGAGAGCGCAUUCAUGAAAAGCGCGAACAGCUCGCUGCACGGGUUGUCGAUUACACUGAGAAGGCAAGCAUGGUCUGCGCUCGCGUUCCUGUCGAUGAGAGAGAAACUCCGGCGAGCUUGGACUUGAAACUGGAAACGUUAAAUCGGGAUCUCCAGCGCUACAACCAACAGCUGGGGGCAUCGCGAGAUGAGAUCGCUGCGGAAGCUGGCAGAACAGAAUCCGCUUACCUGCGGGCUAAGAAACAGGUCGAGGAGUUGACAACACUGGCUCAGAUGUUCAAAGACACCCUUGAGAAUCGGAAGAAACGGUGGGAGAUCUUCCGGUCUCACAUCUCUUCUCGGGCCAAAGCUCAAUUCACAUACCUUCUGAGCGAGCGAAGCUUCCGUGGUCGGCUUCUGGCAGAUCAUACCGGCAAACUCUUGGAUUUGCAAGUCGAACCCGAUAUCACCAAGGAUGAUGCCACGGGCCGUGGCGCCAAAACCCUGUCUGGGGGUGAAAAGUCGUUUUCCCAAGUGUGUCUUCUGCUGGCCCUUUGGGAAGCCAUGGGUUCACCCAUUCGCUGCCUCGAUGAGUUCGAUGUGUAUAUGGACCAUAUCAACAGGAGGAUGGCCAUUGACAUGCUUAUGAUUGCGGCCCGACGGUCGAUCGGACGACAGUUCAUUCUCAUCACCCCUGGAACGAAAACCGACAUCACCAUCGCUCCGGAUGUCCGGGUGAAGGAGUUGGCAGAGCCCGAGCGCGGCCAAACCGCGCUAUCAUUCCGGCAAUGA